AUGAGCUCUGCACCACCUUCAGAUGUAGUCAACGCCACUACUCCGAGCGCCAACGCCCGAGCAGCGACACACGACCAAGGGGAUCGUGCCAGCACCGCUUUGAGAGAACUUUCACUUUCGGCAGUCGCGAUUCAUGUUCAGAGAGGUCAUCUCGGCUGCGCUGUCUUUGUAGAGGAGGAGCAGCAGCUCUUGCUCUGCGAGGAUCUGCCGUGCGACUUCUUCUCUUCUCAGCAGGAGAAUCCAGCUCCGCUGCAAAACGCGGACCAUGAUCCUGACCAGAUGAGUGCUGAUAUUGCUGCAAAGACCACUGCGACAGUGCAUGGCCCCGCGGCAAGCGUCCUUGAAAGCUAUGAGGGCAGUGCUGUCGCAGUUUCAUCCCGACAUCAUCCUGGCAUCUUCGACCUGCCCGGCUCCCCUUCUAGCCGUGUUGCAGACUUUUUACAUGGUUCAGUUGAAGUCCGGCCGGCGCGUGACUUUCAAUUGGCUCUCGGCUUGGCUGGCAUCGCCGAGGUCACAGCCUGCACCGACGCCUUGACUAUCGAUGGUGAAGGUCUUUUGUCGAGCGCGGUGCUCACCGACGCCAAAAUUUCCACCUCCAAGGCCACGAUUUCGAUUUGCGCGGUCGGGCCCCUUCUAUCCGGCCUGCGCAGUCGCCUAGACGUCGGAAGGUCUCUACUCCUCUCCGUCUUGUCGUUGAACGAGUACCUCUUUGUCGAUGAAAACACGCUCCGCAGCAUGAGCAUCUGCUCAAACGACCCCCACGCCUUUGUGCAUGCAAAGGCUGGUAGAGAAGGCUUCACUGUGCUUGCCAUGCUCAACUUGAUUUCUUCGAAAGCCUCGAUGCCCCUUCUCCAAAGGUGGAUCAUGCUUCCGCUUGCCAAUCGUGCAGAGAUCCAGCGAAGACACGACGCAGUGGAGCUUCUGGUGAGGCACGAGGCGUAUUCAGAGAUCAUCGAGAUUCGUUCCCGCCUUGCGGAGCUCGGCAAGAUCCCACAGAUCUGUCACCAGCUCAAUAAGGGUCUUGGAUCUGCUUCUCUCUGGGACAAGUUGCGAAAGCUCAAUGCUCUGAACCUGAGCGCCUCUCAACUCCUUCGCGAGAUCGACUUUGAAGAGAGCAAAAACGAGGGCAAGAUCACCCUUAAAGCCGGUGUCGACGCCCAUCUUGACGAGCUAAGGGAGUGCUCCGCGACUCUUCCAUCUUUGCUCGAACGGGUGGCUGCUGAAGUCAAGGAACAACCGGCAUUUCAUUCGGUCACCAGGCAAGUCGACAUCCAUGUCGUCUACUUUCCCCAGAUAGGCUAUCUCAUUGUGGUACCGCGGGGCGACACGGUCGGCACCGAAUACGAUGCUACACUCGAGCAUCAGUUUGCCAGCGAAGAGGCCGUCUACCUCAAAAACAACCUGAUGACCGAUAUGGAUCAACAACUUGGAGAUGUCUCUUCUUUCAUCGUCGAUCGAGAGAUUGAGCUGCUCGACGGUCUCCACGCCGUCCUCGAUGACAGCAUCACGGAUCUGCUCGCUGCCCACUGUGCCCUUUGUCAGCUCGACUGGGCAGCAACUCUUUAUGACCUGCGCCGCCCAAAUCUUGUAGAGGAGCAGGUGAUCAAGCUCAAGGGCAGCCGUCAUGCUCUGAAAGCUCUUUCGGAUGAAAGCUUCGUUCCAAACGAUCUCGAGCUCCGAGGGGGCCGCGGAGUGACGCAUGAUCGCAACGAGACCAGAUCUAGACCCAGAGACGCCCGUGAUGGCUCGCGCGAGGGUACUGAACCUCCGCCGAGCAUUGAGGCUGCAUCUCUGCCGCCUUCGCAAGUUUCUGUCAGUGCGAGAGACAAGUUCAGCGUCAUGGUUCUUACCGGAGCCAACUCGUCGGGCAAAAGCUGUCUCCUGCAGCAGGCGGCACUAGCUGUCUUCUUGAGCCAGUGCGGCUGUUUUGUCCCUGCUACCUACGCCGAGCUGGGUGUCUUUGACAAAAUCCUGACGCGGAUGAAGCAGGACGAGUCGGUAUCGAGCGAAGGAAGCUCGUUUACGCGGGAGCUGGGUCGCCUGCACCGAGCCAUGUCGAUGGCCACCGAGAAAAGCCUUGUCAUUCUGGACGAAGUGGGAAGAGAAUGCCGCAGCGAUGAUGGAGCCGGACUCUUCAUUGCCACGAUCUACGACUUUCUGCAGCGCGGGUCAGAGUGUCCGAUCGUCAUAUCCGCCACCCAUCAUCUUCGUGCGAUCGAGAGGCACUUUCCGGUGGACCUGCCGAUCGAGCGGGCACACAUGCAGACCAUCCUGCUGCCGAUGUUGGCCGAGUCGUUCAAGUCGCUCACGUAUCUGUACCGUUUGAGGCCUGGCUUCGCGGGGGCGUCGCACGCGUGCCACUGCGCACGUCUCUGCGGUGUGCCCGAUUCGGUCGUCGAGCUCGCGGAGCACAUCUGCCGCGUCGGCCUGCGCGCCUGGCACGAAUCAGAAGCCGAUCAGGACGAGGCGAUCGUGCGAAGGCUCCUGCAGCUAGACCUCGGGAGCGAUGAAGAUGACCAGCAGCAAGCCGUUCUGGAAGACAAUGAGGCGAUUCGGCUGCUCGAGCUGAUCCUCCAGCCCGAAGAAGGCGCUGGCAGCACUCAGGGUUGA